AUGAAGGAGGAUUACGAAGAUGAGGAGGAAAGGGUGUUCCAAAUGAUGUAUAAGUGCAAUAGGCCCACAUCCAAGUCCGAGAUAAUGGCAUACUUCAAAGGCGAGAUAGGGGGAACUGCAAUACAGGAGAUUCUAGACUAUUUGGAGUCUGAUGGAAGGCUGGUGACAAAGACUUACGGGAAAUCCAAAAUAUAUCUUGUCAACCAAGACUUAUUCCAGAGCGAGGAGGAUGUCAAGCUGAAUGCAGAGCUCCAGGAGUAUGGGGAGAAAAGAAAGAUUCUUGAAGAAGAGAUUAGCACUCUUGACGCAGAAAUUAAGAUGCUCGACAAGAUGAUGUCUAUCAAUCAAUUGGAAGAAAGUAUCAAGAUUCUAGAUAAAACAGUUAAAGAUAACCAAGAAAGGCUUGAAAGCUUCAAGAACGGGGGGAGAGAGGUUUCCAAAAAAGAUAUGGAGAAUGCCAAAAAGAAGUAUGAAAGGGCACAGUCUGGGCUUAAGAAGAUCAGAAGGAUCUUCAAUGAGGUUAUAGAAAGGCUUUCUGAGGGGAUGGACAUGAAAAAGUCUGAGUUAUAUGAGGAGAUUGGAAUUGAAGUAUAA